AUGGAUUCCCUCACUACCCACCCCGUUAGCGCUGAGCAGGCACGUGCCUUUACUGCGCCGUCGUCGCUCUCUUACCCCGGUGGUGCUGGUGAUUUGACUCCCCCAUCCGAGAAGGAUGCCAAGCUUGCCAUGAUGAACGGUCAAAUGACUGGCAUGCACAUCAACGGUAAUGGUGUUGUUCCCGCUACCCCCGCGACUCCCGUUGCGACUCCUGGGGCUACCACUGGUAGCAGUGGCAUUGUUCCCACAUUGCAAAACAUCGUGGCUACCGUCAACCUUGACUGCCGUUUGGAUCUGAAGACUAUUGCCCUGCACGCUCGCAAUGCCGAGUACAACCCCAAGCGUUUCGCCGCCGUCAUCAUGCGUAUCCGUGAACCCAAGACCACUGCUUUGAUCUUCGCAUCCGGCAAGAUGGUCGUGACCGGUGCCAAGUCGGAGGACGAUUCCAAGCUGGCCUCUCGCAAGUAUGCGCGCAUCAUCCAGAAACUUGGCUUCAAUGCCAAGUUCACCGAUUUCAAGAUCCAGAACAUCGUGGGUUCUUGCGACAUCAAGUUCCCCAUUCGUCUCGAGGGUCUGGCUUCGCGCCAUCACAACUUCAGCUCUUACGAGCCUGAACUCUUCCCCGGUCUGAUCUACCGUAUGAUGAAGCCUAAGAUCGUACUCUUGAUUUUCGUCAGCGGCAAGAUUGUCUUGACCGGCGCCAAAGUGCGCGAGGAGAUUUACCAGGCUUUUGAGCUGAUCUACCCUGUGCUUAAUGACUUCCGCAAGGUUUAA